AUCGUUUCCAACGGCUAGACGCACAAACGGUGGGCGCUCGAACUGCCGAGCCGUUCACAAGACGAGUCCACCGUGUUGCUCUCCUAUUGGCCCGUUGGUGCACACCGGCGCUGCUGUUGUGCUACGCGCUUGUCUGUCGUCCUUACGUCAUCACUUGACCCUGUUUGGUGAGGAGAGAAAGCAAGGUGGUUUCUGAUGAAGGGAGAGGGCAAAUUGCCAGCGUUGGCGAAUUCUCAGUGGCGAAUAAAAGCUUAUGGAAUUGGCAGAGGCGAGGAUAGUCACGUGGUUUUUGUGAAGCUUGUGACUGGCAUCUGUUGGUGACGGGCGAACCUAAGAGGUUGCAGUCUUGUUCUCGGACGUAGAGAGUUUCGCUCACCUUUGCGUGAGGAAGACUGGCCCCCAUUUUGCUCACAGUACUUGUGGGGCUGUGAUACAUGAAGUGUCACAGAGCAUGUACAAAAAUGACUUUUCUCACCAUUGUGCGUGCGAUUGCAUUGCUGUCGGAGAACGUCAGUAGUUUACUUGCACAGCAGACCUGCAGCAUGUGACUAAAUACAACAUUCUUGUUGAGGAUGAGCUCCUUACAGCUAGAUCACCUGUAUGUUUACUCAAAAGCAGGUCCCGCUGUGUUUAACGGGGUCUACUUCCUGGCUAUAUCUCAGUAAGCACUGAAAACGAUGAGACUGCUGUAAUAAUUGAUGACUCAGAAAUGGAAGAUGCAAAAAAUGGACUUGAAACACAAGGUUGCAUGUCAGUGGAACAAAACGCUCAAGUAAACUGUGAUGGUCGCUAUGUAACUCAGCUUGCGUACGGUAAUGAAGAUUUUUUGGAUAUGGAGGAGCCAGAUGCCUCACAGGUAAAUCUUUCAACAAGCAGGCCAAGACUCAGUCACAGUCCAGAACAAAUGGAAUUGGUUUAUUUACGCAAAAGACGCCGACUUGCACCCUCUUUUGUGGGGAUGAGAACCAAAGAGCCUGAAUAUGAAGAUGGAAGUGUUAUUUAUGAAUAUGAUCCUGAUUACGAAUGUGGAAGCGUUGUAUCUGAAGCUUCAUACACAGGAGAUCAGCAGAAAACUCUUAUGGAUGUCCUUAAUUAUUGUCAGGCCAUGUAUGAUGCCAUUCAGAAACUGGAUAAGAAGUUUGAUAGCCUUCAUCGCAAGAUCUCAGAAAUGCAACACACACGGUUAAAGCCUUUACUUUUAAAAUCAAGGCCACUUGGGUUUACAUACAGAAGUUCUAGUAAUCUCUCAGCUGGAAAAAUCAGAGUCCAGAAACCAACAGAAAGAAGGCCAAGUCAGAUCUCGCCCCCAGGGCAUAGAUGUCACAGCCAACCCACAAAGAUUAGGCUACAAAGAGACCACAUUUUGACCAGCUCUGCAGUCAUGCCAGUUCCACAUACUCUUCAACCUGAAUUGCAGCGCCCUGCACACAGGCACAGUCCACCUCUCCCUACAAUAGUUUCCACCCAUUCACUGUGUCCCCCAUUCAACAUGACUAGUGAGAUGCCAGAUAUUUCUUCACAAACCAGUCUAGCGACCUUAGUCAAUGAAAGCUCUACUAGUGUGGCAUCUUUGGCAAUAGCCUCCCCAGUGGUAUCAACCGCAGUGUCCACACCACUGGCAGCUAGUUUGGACAGAAACAGUAUGACAGUGACUUUUAAAACCUCACCUGGAAGUACAAACAUUCUUAAUGAGCUGCCCUCAUCAUCCUCUGUUUGUGUCAGUCAAGCAGUAGCCUCCAGUCAUUCAUUGUAUCUACCAGUCAGCACAGCUAGUGAGAUGCCUGAUCUUCCUUCUCAAGCUAGUCUUGCAACUACAGCAGUUGAUAAUCCAGCUCAUGUGGGAUCAUCCGCUGUAUCUUCUCAAAGGAUAGCCCCAGUGAUGUUACCUGAACCCAGUUUGGGGAGAAACAAUUUGAUAGUAACUUACAGAACUCCAACUGGAAAUACAAAUAUUAGUAAUGAGAUGCCGUCUUCUUCUAUGAGUUCUAAUUUUGAGUUCAUUGGUGAUCCAAAGCGAAAUGUGAAGGUCCUUGGAAACUAUUUGAUGAAAGCACGGCAAAAGACGAGGCCAAAGUAUGCCGCACGCUACUUAGUCCGGGUCUUAUUUCCCAAAGAAACACUGCUGUGCAGUGUUAUGGGUGUAAGAGCUCGAGGGCGCAGGACAUUGGACCCUAACAAAGUUGCUGCAAUAAGAGAAUUUCUUGCAACUCAUUUUCCAAGCUAUGAUCUAAGUGAAGAUGGAAGAGACUGGAAAACCUGUAUAACAAAUGUGAAUGCAAUGAUCCGCUGCUUACGUUAUGAAACCAAAACAAGCCCUCAGAUCAUUGAAGGAAAGGCGAAAGCUCCUGACACUCCAGACACAUCCAUGUGUGUAGAUUUAGUUGAUAACGGGGAAGAGAGUGAGCUCAAUUCUCGAACAAAUUCAACAUCCAAUCAACUUCAAAAUUCAGCAUGGGAUAAUAACAUCCAUCACCCACCUUCUUCCAGUAAACUCCCUUCUUUAGAGCCAAUGACACACCUUGGGAAUCCAUCAAGGAAUGUCCAGUUGCCCUUUUCAGUUAUUUAUGUAGCCAAGGGAAAAUCUCGGCCAGAGCUUUCAGCACGCUACCUGAUACGUCAUCUGUUCACAGAGGAUGUUCUGGUAAAAAGCAAUGUGUAUGGCAAUUUGGAGCGUGGCACAUAUCCACUGGACUGCAACAAAAUUAAUGCUCUUAGAGACUUUCUGCAAGAGAAUUACCCAUCUUUUGAUCUAAAGGAAAUUGGAUAUGACUGGAAAGCAUGUGUUGCAGCUAUAAACAGCACAAUUCGCAGCCUGAGAUAUGACCAUAAAAGGGCCUCUACUGGUGUCCGAAGCAAAGUAUUGGCUGAACCACCACUACUGUCACUAAGUUCAAAAUGUUCUUUGUGAAGUCCUGUUGCAGUAUAACAAUACAAAAGCAACUUUGUAGUCUGUUGGCCAUAACUGUCUUAUGUUUAGCCUCUGUUACAGCCACAGUGAACUUUUUCAAGAUGUGAUAAAAUUGUUUAUUUUCAA